AUGAUAACAAGGAGAUGGUUCCAUCCUUCACUCAAUGGUAUAGAUGCAGAAAAGUUAUUAUUAGAUAAAGGCAGAGACGGCUACUUCCUUGCCAGGCCGAGUAUGAGCAAUAAAGGAGACUUCACGCUAUCUGUGAGAAGAGGGACGGAGAUAACACACAUUAAGAUUCAGAAUAAUGGUGAAUUCCUCGAUCUUUAUGGUGGAGAGAAAUUUGCAACUUUGUCUGAACUCGUUCAAUUUUAUAUGGACAAUCAGGGUCAGUUACGUGAGAAGAAUGGAAAUAUAAUCAGACUUAAGACACCAUUAAACUGUGCCGACCCCACCACGGAACGUUGGUAUCACGGACAACUCACUGCCAAAGAAGCAGAGAGGAUGAUGUUAGAAAAUGGAAAAAAUGGAUCCUUUCUUGUAAGAGAAUCACAGAGACAACCUGGUGACUUUGUACUAUCAGUUCGGACGAGAGACAGAGUUACUCAUGUUAUAUUAAGACGACAGGAUAAUAAAUACGACGUGGGUGGAGGCCAGCAGUUUGAUGAUAUUGUCAGCCUCAUAGAACACUACAGGAACUAUCCUAUGGUGGAGACCAAUGGAGAAGUCUUGCGGUUGAUCCAACCUUUCAACGCCACACGUAUACAAGUGCAACAUUUUCAUACACGUGUGAAACAACUCCAAAAGGAAAACGAGGGUCCCAUAGAAAGCAUGGCUUAUAAACAAGGUUUCUGGGAGGAAUUCGAAACGUUACAAAUGAUGGAGAAUCUACAACUAUUCGAUAGAAUGGAGGGUUCCAAACCAGAAAAUAUAAGGAAGAAUAGAUACAAGAAUAUUAUACCGUUCGAUCACACACGCGUAAUAUCACUUAAGAAUUUACGCUAA